AUGGCUGCGGCGCCCAAGAAAAUCUCUUUUUCUUUCGGAAGAAAAGCUCCGGUCUCUUCUUCGUCUUCAUCGUCUUCGUCGUCUUCCUCGACUCGGUCAUCGUUCUCCUUCUCUCUCUCCGCUUCCCAGCGCGGGGGCUUCGAGCCUGCUCCGGGGGCAAACGCCUUCCAGGGAAGAAGCGCCUUUUUCAAGGAACAAGAAGAAGAACAGACAGCGGUUCAACAGGUCCUCUCGAUCAGCAAGGACGGCGAAUGGGAGACGGAAGGAGGCCAAGCGGAGGCCCCUCCUCUGGUGAUCCCUUGCCUCAACCGCCUCGAUAAGCCACCCCCAUCUGCGUCUGUUUCUUCUGGCGGCAAUGGCUCGGAGCCACAAACCAGUGCAGCAAAUAUCGGCGGCGCAGGAGAAAAGGAGGAGAAGAAAGAGCCGAACUACCUGUCGCUGGGUAAACACGAGUCUCGCAUAAAAUCCGAAUCUGCAGCGGACGGGGGGAUCGAUCCUUCUGGUCCUUCAGACGCGCCCCGUUCGCUGUCUCCGAAACCCGAAUAUGGACUACGUCCUCCGAAGCAUCCGCCGGCUGUUAAAACGGAGCCCGGCGAAUCCCCCGCUCCCGCUUCUUCCUCCCCGUCGUUAGACGACUUGGCCGCUCAGGCGUUGAUCGCUGAGGCCAAGGGCGAGCUCGGGUCAGGCCCCGUAGGCACUGCGGCGCCCAUCCUGCCCAUUUUGUGUCGGAAUGAAAAGCUUGCGGAGCUCCGAAGACGACACAAGGAACGCCUUCAACAGGCGAAGCAACGCACAGUCUCCCGCUCGGCUUCCGGCAUCCGCGGCAGAGGUUUUGUGGCGUUCGACCCGUCCUCUGGGGCUUCGGCUCCUCGCCUCCCGUGGGAGGCAGAUAACGGCGUGAAGGACGAGAGGGAAGACCCUGAGAGAGAACGAGGACAGGCUUCCAGCGAGAAAGAGCUCCUGCAAGAGGAACUCAAUCUCCUUCCGGACGCGCCUUCGGCCACCAGCGCCGAGUACAGUCGGAUCCCCGUCAGCGAGUUCGGGCUCGCCAUGCUCCGCGGGAUGGGGUACGAGGCGGAGAAGGACGGAGAGAAGGACGAGAAAAAGAGGGGAGCGGCUCCAAAGAGAAAACGGACAUACAACCGCGCCGGUCUAGGGAGCGAGGAAGAAGUGGAGCGCCUCUGGGAAGAAAGAGAACAAAAACUCAGGGAGGAGGCAGCAAGGGACAAAAAACGGAAAAUGGACGAAAUGCUCAGGCGAAGAAGAGAAGGAUAG